GUCAUUCUUCCGUCUAUGAUCUCGAUGGAACUGAGUACCAACAAGAACUUAGCUUAUAAAAUCUUCCGAGGAAUUCCGUAUAGCCGGCUGACCCUGCUAGACGCGGAACAGCGGAGGGAAACGAAUGACGUCUGUCCAGAAGAGCUGGGUCUCAACGAUGCCGGGAUUUACACGUCUGAGUCUUCCGAAGCAAUCAGACAUUUGCGCACCAACGUCGAACUGCUCGAUUCCAAAAGCUUGUUCAUGCACAGCCUCGUGGCUUUGGUUGUGACCAAGCUACUGGAACAGAGCGGAAGAUUCUUCAUCAGCGCGGAGGGUAAUGAGCCUAUGACCCCCAGUAAUGAAGAGUUGAUCAAGACGGGAGCUCUUCUUCUUUCAAAUUUAUUGAAGAUACAGAUCAAUUGUUACGGCGUCGAACAUGAGAUGAAACGCAUAGGCGCAGGAAUCUAUCCAACACUGAGCCUAGUCAACCACUCUUGCAACCCUUCUGCAAAACACUACACGCGAGGGAGAAACAUGAUCCUACGAGCAGUGAGGCCCAUCGCAGCUGGCGAAGAAGUGACCAUCUCUUACACUCCCGAUUACUUGGACGAAGAGAGAGAAAAGAGGCGAAAACACCUGGCGGAGAAGUACCACAUCGCGUGCGAAUGCGAUGCCUGCCAAUUCGAGUGGCAAACAGCUUCGAAACUACCCGCCCUCAUGCUGAAAUGUUUCCGAUGCACUCAGUCGGUGAGCGGCGACCUUCCCGUGUGCUACAGCUGCAGGCUGGAGUACAAGAAUAAAUCUAGCUUCGAAGACAAAAUUCGUUUCGACACGAUAGCCAAGCAGGUCGACGCAACUUUCCUGUCUGCGUGUAAGAUAGCUCAAAAUCUCAUGAGGGCCGAGAGCAUUUCAGAAGAGGAAUAUCAAUCCCUGUGCACGGCCACCGAAUUUAUCCACGAACACACAGCCAUGCCAUGUCAGGUGAUCUAUAACAUGGAGAGAAUUUUGGAAAAAUACUUCACCGUGGAACGGUAAUCCGUGUAAUUGACUUCGGAUUAUGAAUGGUUUUUGUAGCAUGACAAAUACAACAAUGGGUAAGCAGAUUAUUCAGUACCGUUAAGCAAUUAAAUAGUUAUUCUACAGACCAGUAGAAUAUAUAAGAGAAAAUGUUCAAAAACGACAGAAUGCCCUCCAAAAAAAUGUGAUCAACUGGGAAUACACCAAUCCCACAAUUAAUUGUUAAAACGGACUCUUGAUAACAGGAAACGUCCACCGGGAAUUGUUUUUCGAAAGCAAAAUGCCUCAAACCGUCCCUCAAUUGAAUGAAAGGUUGGAUAGUCAAUGGAUGCAAUUUUUUAUUUCUACAUUCCCUCACUCUGGAGCGAUGAUUCGUUUGAUGCUCUCCCUUGUACUCUGAUGAAGGUAAAUAAAGAUAAAUUCACAAUAAAGGAUGAUAACUAUGUCAAUGGGAUCUAAAUAUAACAAGUAAGUAUAGGACCGUGUUUAUCAAAUAUUUUUCUUAUGCUCCCAUGAAUUAUAUUUGCAAGCUAUGCACAUACGUAUGAAAAAGUAUGCUGUGAGUGUAAGUGACACGGUGGUUAUGAUAUAUGGAAAAAAAAAGUA